GCCAGUCUCGUUCGAGCGCUCGCCGCGUGCGGACGUGCUUUCGCUCCGUUCGUCUUGUUGAUCGAUUAAAAAUAUUUGUUCACGUGUAAAUUGAUUUCUACGCAGUUGUGGUGUAGUGAUAUUAUUUAUAAAGGCGAGAGUGCAUUGUUUUGUUUACUUGUGCAGUGCCAAGGAAAAAAUUAAAAAAAAAAAACAUGAUCGAGCCGAUGAAUGCUUCGGCGGUGGAUGAACUCGAAUCAUGGGUGGAGCUGAACUCUGGCGGCGUGUUGGGCGGGGCGGAGAAUGAGUACAUCCGACUGCUGCGGGAGGCGCAGCGAGAGAGCAGGGACUCCUCCGUGAGGCACUCCCGCGCGUCCAGCAUCAAGGGCAGUCCAAAAUCCCCACCAAAUAGUCCAAACCUGGAGCCGUCCACUGAAGAUGAACUGAAGGGUGUCUACAUCAACUGCUGGAGGGACGACUCGAACGACUGGGUGUGGGAAUGGAGCAGCAGGCCCGACCAGCUGCCACCCAAGGACUGGCGUUUCAAACACCCCCAGAGCGCUAGGGGCCCGCCCUCCGCCACCUCCUCCAUCGAAGUGUUGGAGCAACUAGCGCCUGCCAUGCAGCAGAGCCACUGUCUGUCCGUGCGCCGCAGCUGCUUGUUCAGUCGCGGGGCCAUCGCCGCGGUGCUGGUCACCAACAUCGUGUCGCUGCUGCUGGGCGCUGGCAUCGGAGUGUGGCUAAGUAAGAAAGGUAUGCUACCGCCCAGACUCAUCAUCUUGAACUAGUGUGAAGACUGAGAUGGAUCUUAGGAUAGUGGGCGUUUACCUUUACAUUGCCAUAGAGUUAACAAAGUUCCUGUUUUUUGCAUUUUUACACGCUUUUAUUCCAUUUUCAAAUAUUAUAAGCAUUAUUUUAUCCCAUUUUUUUAGUUAGUACAUUUCGUAGAUUGUCUAUCUUAAUUUUUAUUAUUAUGUUUGUAUCUGGAAAGUUCUACUAAUUAGUUAUUUUUUUUAUUUUCAAUAGUUUUGUAAAAUUAGAGACCCUUUGCUGUCUUUUUACUUGAAAAAAAAAAAACAAACAUAUGUGUUACUUCUAUACUUUUGUAACUCUAUGGCAAUGAAGGUGAUCGCUAAUAAUACGUGUCGAGUUGAGUCCAAAAGAAUGGGAAUGUUGUUACAAUAUUGCAAUGAAAAAGCCGUUUUUUUUCUCUUUUGCUUGUUUUAAUUUUUUAUUGUUAAAAUGAAAAACUAUUUCAAAAGUUUUUGGUCAGAAAAUAAUAUUUUUUUACGUUGGCACCAUUGAUGUUGCGGUAUAAGCAAAGAUUUUUGUCGUAGAUUAGGCAUUUAUUGUAAAAAUUAUGAUUUUAAUGCAUGAAAUCUUCGAUUUUUACAAUACUAUUAGAUUUUUUGCCUUGGGUAAUCAGUAGAAAAGGAAAUUAUACAUACACAAAGUGCUUUUAAAAUAUGUCUGUCAUUAAAUAUGUUGCUAAAAAAUAGUAUCUACGAUUAAAAUCUUUGUAGCAAAGUGGUUGAAUAGACAUUGCAGAACUAAUAUAACAUUAUUAUAUUAUAAAUAUCAAAUUAUAAUUAUAUCAUUGUCGUAAAAAAUGAUUCAUUAAUAAAAAAAAGUUGCAAAAAAAAUCAUGAAAAAAAAAAUUGCAAUAGAAUAUCACUUUUGACCAGUGCAACUAAAUGCAAUGUCUAUUCUAAAAUCGUUGUAUACUCUAUGGAUGGAGCUCGAAUUUUUGGGAAGAUUUAAAAUAUUUUUUUGUUGAAUAAAAAAAUGUAAUGUUUUUGACUGAAGUACCAUAAAGCCAUAAUAUUCUUUUUUUUUGUAUUUCGACUUUGUGUGGAUAAGAAUUGCGAAUUUAAUUUCUACCAAAAGACGGUAGAAAUUUGGGCAUUGUAGUAGAAUUCGGUAGAUUUCAUUUGCUUAGCUCGUAAUGUGAUAAGAAUUAUUUAUAGAUUAAAAAAACUUAUUGUGUAGUUUUUAGAGCUAUAGCACAUUAUAGCCACCCGGCAUCCGUCUAGCACCACCUUUGACAAUGUUUUUUUUUUUUUAGUAAAUGGGAGGUAUAAAAAUAUCCGCCGUAGAUAGGAGAUUCACAGGACCGAUGAAAGUCUCAAACGCUAACAAAGGAACAUUAUCAUUGGCAUAUCAUCAAAUAUAUUGAUUUUGAUUUAAUAUAUUAUUAUCUAAGUGUAAUAUAUCUUCUACUUCUCUUUUUAUGUGUACACCCGUCUUUAUGCAUUAUUCCUUGUAUUUAUUUUCUCUUUUUUCGAUUGGUUGUCUGGAAGAGAUCGCUCAUUAGCGAUAAGGCCGCCAAUUGUACAUUAGUUUUUAAGUUAAUUUCUUGUCUGUUAUUAUUAUUUUUGGUGUACAAUAAAGUAUAUUUCAUUUCAUUCAUUCAUUCAUUGGCUAUAUGGAUAUAUUAGUGGACGCCCCCGACUUCGUCCGCCCUUAUUUUUAUUUAUUUAUUUAUGAUAGCCUGGUUAUUUAUUUAUUACUGUUAUUAUAUAUGCAUAUAUAUAUAUAUAUAUAUAUAUAUAUAUAUAUAUCCAUCUACAUAAUGGUCUUCCUUUUCUUCUCUUGUUAUAUCUUGGGCACCAAGCAUUAAUUUCUGUAGACCACCUGUUGUCCUUCCUUCGCAUUAUAUGUCCUGCCCAAUUCCAUUUAUUUUUCAUGGCCAUGGUUAUUGCGUCUUUUGUUUGAAGUUUCCUUUUGAUUUCUUCUUUUGUAUAUUUAUCUAAAAGACGAAUAUUUAAUAUUGCUCUUUCCAUUUUCGUCCGCCCUUAGACCUCUUUAAUUCGGCCCUAUCGCAAACUCCGUUCUUAACGGAUAACUUGCUAACUAUAGAACUACCUCCCUGUCAAAUAUCAGCUUUAACCGUCAAGCUGUUUUUGAGUAUUCGCGUUGAAUGACCUUUCGUAUUUAUUUAAUAAGAUGGAGGCGACGCGAUGCAGUUCGGUUGCAGUGUGGCUCUAAUGAGUUGUGACUUUACGUGUUUUUUGGUAGAAAUUAAAUGACUGUAUCGACAUUUCAGACUGUUGUCGCUUCGGCAUGUGUCGUGUAGUAAAAGUGAUAAAAAAUUUUCAAAAAAAAAAAUAUCAAUUGUAUUUUAAAAUAAUUAUUACCUAGUAAUAUUUUGUAUUUUCUUACUAUAAAAAUACUUUUCAUGCUAUGUGUAUUGUUUUUAUUGAUUCUGUUUGUUAUUGGUAUAAACAACCUAGAGCUAGACAAUUAGAAAAAAAUCCACUAUAUAAAUAUACUCAGAGGCACAAUUUAUCUGCCCACUUUACUAUAGGUACUUGCGUCAUAUUUAAGUGGGCGGAUAAUUAUGCCUCUAAGUAUAUACAUAUAUAUAAAAUAAAAAGCAUUAAUAUAUCAUCAAAUUAUAGAAUAUCCGAAUUAGAUCCAACUUCACCCAUCUAUAAUGUUUAAUGUUUUAAUUUUUUUUUAAUAUAUUGUGAAUAGGUUGACUAAACAUUCUUCGCUUGGCAUUGAUAUUAAAAUACUUUAAAUGCAUUAGACACAUGGGUGAAGGUCUUUUCAAUUUAAAAAAAAAACCGCCUUGCAGGUACCAUAGGCAAUAACAAAGAGUAUCAGGAAAAAUUAUUACAUUUCUUAUUAUAAUAAAAAGCUCCUAGUCUUAAGUGAUUCGAAGAUACAGUUAAGUUCAUGUUUUUAAUAUUUAAAUGAAAAAGGUUUUAGAAGAAAAUAUAUUACAGACUUCAUAUAGAGUACUUGCAAAUAUUAUUUUCUUUUGUUAUGUAUUAAAUUCUACAAUAAUCAUAUUUUUACACAAAAAUACAAAGUUAAUUUUCAUUUAUUUUCUAUUAAUUGUAAAAAUAAUUGACAUUAAAACAUCAAUGUGGCAGUAGAAGGAAACUUGUAAACCUGCCCUCCGAGAUUCACCAUAGACAACACAAUUUUUUUUUUUCAAGAAAAAAUCUUUAUAAUUUUGUUUUAUAAUUUCUUCUAGAACAUUGUAGUAUAGUAUAAUAUAUAUUUAUUUACGUUUAAGCGGAUUUUAGAAAGUGAAAUAAUAAUCUAAAUAAAACAUAAUAUUUAUAAACAUACGGUUAACAUAAUAACUAAUUUUAUAUUUAUUAUAAAGCCGCGUACAGACUGGUUAAUGUAUUGUCUCUGAAAAAAAAAUAUCAUUCUGAAAUUAGGAAUUUUUAAUUAUGCAUAAAUAUAAUUUAUCUAAUAAUGGUAGAAACAUUCUAUGAAGUUUUCACUUGAUAACUGUUUUCCUUUGUUAAAGGCCCUACUCACACAUCUGCCGCAGGGGCAAUCUAGGGUGUAGGAGUGGGGAUGACCCUUAAUUGCAUCCUUAAUUGUGAUGUGUGUAGGCAUGCCGGGGCAAUUUGGGAGGAUGGCCCUGCGGCAGGGCGGCAGGGGCGCGAGACUAUCCUUGAUCCCUAAGUCGUCCCUGCCGUCGGUGCGUGUGUAGCGCGAUUGGGGCAAUUUCUCAGUCAGUUUGCCAGCAGCUGUCACACGGAGUGCACGUACAAACAGCGUAGAAUCAAAUGUGUACUUUUAUAAUAUUCAUGUGGCAUAACUCACUUCUUUUCUGUAGCCAUUUCUUCACCCAGUAUCUUCUUUUCCUUUUUUUUGAGGUAGCACCACAGAAAGCGCCAAGGCUACUCCAAUCUUUUGAGUGGUCGAUAAUAUGGGUGCCAUUCUCAAUACGUGUGCUCAGCUCGGCUUAUUCUGGAACACUGCACGGCAGGCAAGUGUGUAGAGAUACUCCCGAUAUCGCCACAACCGCCGUGCACCCUAGAUUGCCCCUGCGGCAGAUGUGUGAGUAGGACCCUUUACUUUAUUUUCUUUUAACUAGUCAUAAAAGCUAAGUGGCUUUUAUGACUAUACUUUUAUACUUCUGUCUGUAUCUGUAGUAACUAUGACUUGUAUUUGUAGUUUUACUGAGAUUUGGUUUUUAUUGCAUAAUUAGGUUCAAGAUUUUAAAAUUAUUUUUAAAGUGAAACUUUUUUAUGGCCAAGGUCGCAUAGUUUCAUUUGCAAAGAAAAUAAAAAAAAACACAGUCUUUAUGCGGUAUAACAAAAACAAAUACAUAUUAAUUAUAUUAUAUGUAUAUUAGUUAAAGUUGUAUAUGUUAAAUUGGAUUCCUCCAGAUAAUGCUAUUUAGUGCGUGCACUGUAUAAUAAAAAAAAAAUAUCAAUAUGAAAA